CUGUUGCCCUCCCCACGAUCGCGGCCUCCCUCCCGCCCUGCUGGACCACGUGUUCUUGUGCUGGCGCUCCUGAACCAGCGCUUUCAGGGCAGGCAGUCGCUUUUUUGUCUCUUGUGCCACGGCAGGCGUUUUUCCAUGGGAUUUUUCUGAUUCUCCACGCCGGACAUCAUUUUCAUCUGCAGAGAUGGCGGCCGCCGUCGAGUCUGCAGCUUUCAGCCCACAAGGCGGAGGGGUGAUUUCGGUGCGCCAGUUCGAAGCAACCCCCAACCUUAGCCGAAGCAUGGCUGACGGAGACGUCGUUGCCACCACCAAGGAAGAGGAAUGGGUGACGAAGAAGAAAACGGAGCUGACCACAACCCGGCAGAUUGAGACUCGGGUCAAGCGGCAGCUUGUGCUGGAAGAUGGCAAAGUGGUGGUAGACUCGGGACCCUUGGUGUCCACAAACACCACGGAGGACACGGAGAAACAGGAGCACCAGCACACAGAGCACAAAACGACAGGAGACGAGCCUCCUGGCGAAGGGUGGGUCGCUCUGCCCCUCGAAGGAGACGGUCUGGUGCGCGAAGUGCGCGAACGAACUGUGCACAGCAAUGAGCAGCAGAAACACAUCCGCGAAACGGAGCAGCUGCAAACCCUGGGCGACCUCUCCGAACAGUCGUACUCGACGGCUGUUCAGAAUCAACAAGACGUGCGUUCGGUGCUGCGGAGGGCCGAAGAGGCUGGCGCGUUGGUUUCGGCGCCUCGGCUGGUGCACGAAUCGCGCUCAACGCGACGCGUCGUCGACACUGAUGACGCGCAGGAGCUGAGUCGCGUGCACCAGGGCGGCGUCAUCACCGAGACGCGACGCACCACCGAGCACGAGGAGACGCAGGACGACGCCCUGCCCGAGGACGGCGCCAGCGAGGACGAGCGCGAAAUCGACGCCGCGCAAGGCAGCCAACGCUUCGCGCACACCAAAGAACAGGCGCUCGUCACCUACCUCGGCACCGGCGGACGCGUCAUUGGCGAACAAAUGCGUUAUCAGGCGGAGAACGUCGAGGGCAACACCGAGGGUCUGGCUGACCCCGAGUGGGAAAGCCUGUCAACCAGAAUGCAAAAGGCGCGACGGCAGCAGGUCGGCGUGGCCGGCGUGCCUUUCGCCCUGGCGGAAAAGCAGCAGGCGGCCCUGGCCGCCGCCCAGGCGCGCAAGGACGCCCUGACCAAGCGUCCGCUGGACUUGGACGCCGAGGAGGAGACGCGCAAGGUGGAGACGUCCAAGUGGCUGGAGCACCACUUUGGCAGCGACUCGCGCAGCUCCAAGAGUUCCCUUGAUGAACCCCCCGUGCCCUCCGCGGCCAACUUCAUCAACGUGACGAUGAAGUCGAGGCCCGUGCGGACCACGCCCACACCACCUGAACAGAAGACCAGGGUCUUCCUGUCCAGCAGUCCAGAGGUGCCGCUCCCGCCGCCUCCUGUGAUGCCGCCGACCACCGCCGGCACCAAGGUCGAGGAAACGCAAAGGGGCAGCAGUGGAGGCGGAAGUGCCAAUUUCUUCCAGGGGGUGUCCGAGUGGGCGGAGCGUCGGCCGAGUCCGCCCGCCCUGACGCUGGCCUCGAACAACGUGAGCCCGCGGGUGUCGAGCCUCGUCCAGGCGCUCAACAGAGCAAACGCGACGACGUCGCCCACUCAGCAGCUCGGCAGGCAGCAGGCCGCCUCGCCAGCUCCAGUCUUGUCCGCCGCGCCGAGCCACGCACUUGCUGCUGGCCGCGCGUCCUCUCCAGUCAUGGGCUACACCAGCAACCACUCUGCCAGGCCCGUCUCGCCUCCUCAACAGGAGUUGCGGUCGUACGAGGAAGAGCAAGUGACGUGGAAGGGUCGGACGGCGACGACCUCCGCCGCCAGACAACAGCUGGCGCGCGGCCAGUUGGACUCAGGGACGCACCAGCGUCUGGACCGGCACCGCAGCGUCGAGCUGCUGCGCUCGAGGGAAAAUCUGGCCAAGCUGGAGCGGCGCUACUCGAGUCCUCGGGAGCUCGAGCCGCCGCCCGACUACUCGCCCAAGCACCAGCGGCGCCGCGGCCACAGCAGCCCAUCGCCGUCGCCGCCCCUGCACAACCAGCAGCGCAAACUGAACCAGAAGACGCGCUUUGCCGACCAGCACCACCAGCAGCAACAACAUCAACAAAAGAGCAGCUUUUCCUCCUUCGGCGACUCGUUGCGGCGGCUCGUCGGUAAACUGCGCUCCGGCGACAAGAAAAACAAGCCGAGCGCCAAGGUGGUGACCAACAACAGCACCACCACCAGCACCACCCACCACAACCACCACCAGCAGCCACGCAGGGCCAACGACUACAGCACCGGCAGCGAAGGGGAGGAGCGGCCCCGACCCCCUCCGCGCCACAGACAGAGGUACUCGUCGCCUCCGCAGCACCGACAGCAACAUUACCGCUCCGAUAUGGAGCCGCGCAGGUACUACCUGGGUGAGGACCCGUUCGGCGGCAGCAUCUACGGCAGGGAAAAAGAGUACGACGGCGUGACGCCGCCGGGCGAGCGUUCGCGUCGCACGCACCGCACGUCGGAGCUGCGGCGCGGAUCGCAGGACGGCGUCGAGGAGGUCAGGAACUUGCAGCAGCUGCGCGCAGGCACCCACAGUCCGCCUCGGAUGCACACAACGACGCUGGGUCGGUACAGCCGCUCGACAGGUCGUCUGCAGCACCAAGAGGAGUCGGCGCCGCACUCGACGCAGACCCUGCCGCGAAAACUGUCCUCGUCCAAGAACAACUCGCAGCCGCAGAAGCCGCUCAAGAGCGCCGGCAGCAUGAUCAAUGUGUCCAUCGUGAACAGGGUGAGUUCGCCGCCGAUGAGCAACGGAGCGGUCAACGGCCCCGCCAAACCGGCGCGCACCUACCGCUCCAACCUGGCCAGGAGCCAGAGCUUCAACGUGGUGGAGGCGCCGGCGCCGCGCCGACUGUUCCAACAGCAGAACGCGGCCAACAACAAUAAGUCGUCAGCCUACUUCCGCUCCAACCCGCAUUUGCACAAACUCGAGGAAAAUGGACCCGAGCUCAAGAGUCCCGGCAUCAUUUCCAGCAUCAGCCGCAGCCAGAGAGACAUUCAUGAGGAGGUCCAAGCGGAGGAGACUGUUGAGUCAAAAAAGAAGCUUUUCAUGAAAGGUCUUCUGGACCGCGCGCCUGAACUCUACCGGACGCUGCACGGCCAGGACACGUCCGAAUCUCCGGCCGACCGUCCCGGCCGAGUGACCUACAGCAGCUCCUUCCGCAGCGACCUGGCGCCUGGGGUGCGACCUGCCCGCCGCCCCUCCAACAACCUCUUGUCCCCUUCCUCGUCCUUCCGCAACACUUCGGCCAACGGCGACUACACGGAGACCCACCGCUUCUCCUCCAGCACCGACGACCCCAUCCGACCUUCGGUGACCAACACGGUGCAAAGUUUCUCCAAGAAGAGGGUGGCCUCCCCCCGAGGGAUGAACGGCGCCCAGGCCACCCAGACAGUGCAGUCGACCGAGACCACCACUGUGACCAAAAGCAGCCGCGCCACCCCCUCUUACUUGAGACACUACCAGGUUGAGUCGCCACCAAGGACUGGAGGGGUGGUCAUUGAAGUGGGCAACCACCGCUGACUCCAAAAGCCAAUCAAUCAAAUAAAGUGACCAACUCUCAUGUGUGCCAAUGUAAUUUCUGUGCCAGUGCUCGCAGCGCGUUCGGAUUUUAUUUUGUAUUAAAUUAGUGACAAUCAAGAAAUUAAUCAUUCUUUAACUUUUUUGGUGAAAGUAUACUGACAACGAGCAACACUUUUACCAAUUUUGUUUGUAAAUAUAUAUGUUUAUUAUUAUGCUUUACCGUUUUAUUCGUUGUUAAUACAUGAUGCAAGUCUUAUGUCAAAAUUGUGUGGACUUUCUGAAAUUUUAUUAUAUACAAAAAUUAUACUAUGCAAUUUUUAAACACUAUGCGCCAAAUAAAGAAUAUAACAAGCAUUAAAAAAUCUAUAUUAUUUGUUUU